AGCAAUAUUUAAUUGAAUCAACAAUUUUCUUUAAGUAUCAUAUUUGAUGUUGGCUUAACAGGCUUAUUAAAAAGGUUUUGGAUUUUGGAUUUAAAAAAAAAGGUGCAAUACUUAUAUUUUUAUUAAUUUAAAAUGACCUUUCCAAUGGUCAUUUUACUAUUUAGCGGAAAAAGGAAAUCGGGAAAAGAUUAUAUUUGCGGUAAAUUACAAUCAAUUCUAGGAAAUGAAAAAUCUACGAUUAUUCGAAUAUCUGAACCUUUAAAAGGUAUAUAUGCUAAAUAUCACAAUUUAGAUUUGAAAGAACUUUUAAGUGACGGGCCUUAUAAAGAAAUCUACAGAUCUGAAAUGAUAAAAUGGAGUGAAGAGGAAAGAAACAAAAACCUUGGAAUUUUUUGCAAAGCUGCUUGCGAUAGUGCACCAAUAACACAAAUUUGGAUAGUUAGUGAUAUUAGACGAAAAACUGACAUAGAAUGGUUCAAAAAUACAUAUGGAGAUUUAGUAAAAACGAUUAAAAUAACUGCUAAUAUUCAGAUACGAGAAAAGAGGGGUUUAGUUUUUACAGAAGGUGUAGAUGAUGCUCCAUCCGAAUGUGAUUUAGAUGAUUUCAAUCAAUGGGAUCUUAUAAUUUCUAAUAAUAAUAGUGAAGAAUCUGAGGAGGCUUUAAAUACAGUGUUGGACUUUUUAAACAAGGCAAUAUAAUCAGUUGGGCAUAUUUUAGUGCAAUAAUUGCAAGUUUUUAUUGUUUUAUUGGCAAAAUGUUCAUAAAUUGAAUAUAUAACAUUUUAUAGAAAAUGGGACCAGUAUUGUAGACAUAUUUGACA